GGUGGGCGACCACGCGUGGCGGCCGCUCAGGGACCCCCGCCGGGCUCGCUGCUCCUCAGCGGGCAUUCACCCCCGCCGUGCCGGCGGCCCCCAUGACGGGCAGCGGGGCGGCGGGGGGCUCCGCGCAUGCGUUGGGCCGGCGGGACUUGGUGCUCCGCUCCGCUCCAAGUUGCAGCCCGCGGCUCGGCCCCCGGCAAGGCGGCGGUGGCAGGGGAGCAGCCAGGGCCGGGAUGAGGGCGGCGAGGCGGGGCGGCCCGCGGGCCCUGCGGCUGCCGCUGGUGCUGGUGCUGGUGCUGGCCGUGGCGUGCGCGGCGCGCAGCGCCGACGAGCCCAGCAACAUGUCCUACGUGAAGGAGACGGUGGACGGGCUGCUGCACGGCUACGACAUCCGCCUCAGGCCCGACUUUGGAGGGCCGCCCGUCGGUGUGGGCAUGCGGAUAGAGAUCGCCAGCAUCGACGUGGUGUCCGAAGUCAACAUGGAUUACACCCUUACCAUGUACUUCCAGCAGUCCUGGAGAGAUAAAAGGCUUUCUUAUUCUGGAAUACCUCUGAACCUAACACUGGACAACAGAGUGGCUGACCAGCUCUGGGUGCCUGACACAUAUUUCCUAAAUGACAAGAAGUCAUUUGUCCAUGGGGUGACAGUGAAAAACCGAAUGAUUCGUCUCCAUCCAGAUGGGACAGUCCUUUACGGUCUACGGAUCACAACAACAGCUGCUUGCAUGAUGGAUCUACGCAGAUAUCCUCUGGAUGAACAAAAUUGCACACUAGAAAUUGAAAGUUAUGGAUACACAACCGAUGAUAUUGAAUUUUAUUGGAAUGGAGGAGAGUCUGCAGUAACAGGAGUUAGUAACAUCGAGCUCCCACAAUUUUCUAUUGUUGAUUACAAGAUGGUAUCAAAGAGAGUGGAGUUUACAACAGGAGCAUAUCCUCGGUUAUCACUUAGCUUCCGGCUCAAGAGAAAUAUUGGCUACUUCAUUUUGCAGACCUAUAUGCCUUCCACAUUGAUCACAAUUCUGUCAUGGGUAUCUUUUUGGAUCAAUUAUGAUGCCUCUGCAGCCAGAGUUGCUCUAGGGAUCACAACUGUGCUGACCAUGACCACCAUCAGUACCCACCUCAGGGAGACUUUGCCAAAGAUUCCCUAUGUCAAGGCAAUAGAUAUUUAUCUGAUGGGAUGCUUUGUGUUUGUGUUUCUGGCUUUGCUGGAGUAUGCCUUUGUAAACUAUAUAUUCUUUGGGAAAGGACCCCAACGUCAAAAAAAGACAGCAGACAGGACAGGACAUGCUACAGGCGAGAAGAGCAGACUGGAAUCAAGUAGAGUCCAGGUUGAACUCCAUGGAAAUGUGCUGCUUAGCCCACUUGACAUAAGAAAUGACUUCAGCAGCUCAGGUGUGUUCACAAGCCUCCAUGACGCCCAAGCCACCACGUAUACAUACGACAGCACCAGCCUGCAGUACAGAAGAGCCACUUCCAGCAGAGACCUCUACGGCAGGAGUGCUCUGGACAGGCACAGGUUUCAUAAAAAAGGACGCUUACGGAGAAGGGCAUCCCAGAUCAAAGUCAAGAUCCCUGACUUGACUGAUGUUAACUCCAUAGACAAGUGGUCCAGGAUGGUCUUUCCCAUCACAUUUAUUCUUUUCAAUGUUGUUUACUGGCUGUAUUAUGUACACUGAUUUAUGUAAUAAUGUUACCAUACACGAACACAUCUGGACUUGUUUGUUUUCCUUCUCAAUUUUGUUAACUAUGAAGGACUGCAGGAGCCAUGUUACAUUUUCAAGGUAAAAUAUCCAGCCAUUGACUAAUUCUAUAUUUAAACUUUCAAAGCAAACAACAACAACAACAAAACACAAACAACACAUUCAGAUCAGAAUGGUACAAAACUGCUCUUAAAGAGUGAGGCUGGACACGUGGCUCCUGAGGUGUUGCUUCUGCCACUCUCAGAGCUCAGAUUAGGCUAAUACCACUGCACAUUGCCAGACAUAACCCCAGCCAAGGAGAUGCAGGCAAGAUGCCAGCAAGGUGCGUGCAGCUGAGGAGCAGUAGGUCAGUCAUCUCCUAUCUGUAUCAAGUCCCUUCCCCUUCCUUAUUGUCAGCUUUUUCCUAACUGUGUUUAUAUUGUGUUGUCUAACAUAGCAUUUUUUUGAAACAUAACUACUAUAAGUUAUAUUUUAUUUUGUGUUGAAAGUGUUUCGUUCUUUUAGGAGAGUCAAGAUAUACAAGUCAAUAUGGCCUAUGUAAGUACCAAGACUAUCAAUCAUUUACAGUAAGAAACACCGAUCAGGACAGUAGGCAGCAAUACCCACAUGAAGGCAUUAGUAGGGAAUACAAAUGUGCAGUCUGGAAAGCUUCUUAAUCAGUUCCUCAUUGACUAAUGUAAGGUCUACUGAUGACCUUAUCACCAGUUGACAUUCCAACUUUGCACUCAGAAUGUAAUAAUAAAAGAAACAUUAUUGAAUGCUAACAUUUGUCGCAUCUCACCAGAACUGAACCUCUUAACAGAUCAGGACAUAUUGCCCCUUCCCUUUGUUUGGGCAGCAGGCCUCUACAGAAACAGUCUAGAAUGAUAAAUCACUAACCAAGAAAGGCAAUCUUUAAUGCACUCAUUACAAAAUAUGUGAGGAUGCAAAACAGGCAUUUGGCAUUGCUGACAUAGGGGGAUCUUUGAGUCUAUCAGUUUUGCUGUGAGCUCCAAAGUCCCAGUCUCAUCCCAGGUUCAAUGGACAUCAGGUCCAAUUUGAGAUGAUUAAAGAUAAUAUUAAUACACUCAAAUGAAGGUAAAACUCACAUGACUGUGCCCACCCUAAAAUAAUUCCA